AAACUAAAGGAGAUAACAAUCAAUCAGUCAGCGACUCCAUGGGAAUCGUAGAGAGCGAAGCGUGACUUUCGGGGAGAGAGGAAAGGGAAGUGAUUGGAGAGAGAGAGUCGGUAAGUGAAGUGAGGGUCUGACUUCGUCGACUUGACCGUGAGAUCGACGGGCGGUUCGAUUCUUCUUAUCGCCGAGGCGUUCCGAUUUCAUCAGGUUGGUGUCGUUUUGAUCUUUGAGAUUGAUGCAAUGGGUGCCUCUGGAAAGUGGAUUAAAGCAUUCGUCAGUUUCAGGAAACAUGAUAAGUCAAGGUCUUCACAGAAGAAAGAAAAUUUGGAGGUUAAGAGCCAGCACGGGAGAAAACAUUUGGUUGAAACUGAGUCUGGCAAACUCCAAGAUGGAUUUGAAGAGAACAUUGCUUCAUCUGCUGGAUUUUCCAAUAUGCAUAGUAUGAAAGAUUCUGGGGUCUCUCCUUCAACUUCACUUGAAGUACAGGAUGCAGCUUAUCAAGAACGAAUAAGAGAAGAGUGGGCUGCAACACGCAUCCAGACAGCCUUUCGGGGAUUUUUGGCCAGAAGGGCUCUACGGGCUUUGAAGGGAUUGGUUAGACUUCAAGCCCUUGUCAGAGGGCACGCAGUGAGAAAACAAGCUGCGAUAACACUUCGGUGCAUGCAAGCUUUAGUAAGAGUCCAGGCCCGUGUACGUGCAAGACGAGUUCGUCUGGCCUUGGAAAGUCAAACAACUCACCAGAAUCUGCAGCAACAGCUAGCAAAUGAAGCCCGAGUUCGAGAAAUAGAGGGGGGUUGGUGCGAUAGCAUUGGCUCUGUUGAACAAAUCCAAGCCAAGUUGCUAAAGAGGCAGGAGGCUGCAGCUAAGCGUGAAAGGGCUAUGGCAUAUGCUCUGGCUCACCAGUGGCAGGCAGGAUCGAGGCAGCAAUCUGCACUGACUGGCUUCGAACCCGACAAAAGCAACUGGGGUUGGAACUGGUUGGAGAGAUGGAUGGCUGUUCGUCCAUGGGAGAACCGAUUUCUUGACAUUAAUCUCAGAGAUGGAGUGAAAUUACAUGAACACAAUUCGGUGGAUUCUGACAAUGUGCCUAAAGCACAAAUGAAAACUGCAAGCAAGAAACCAACCGCUUCAAAUCUACAAUCCAGUAUUUCAUCUAGUCAGAAGACCGGUCCAUCUCAAUCGGAUGGUAAUGCUUCUUCUCCUGGAAUAUCUACAAGCACACCAGUGGGAUCAAAGACUAGGUCAAAGCCUGCUAAAGAGGAUGUUGCGGUAGAAGUUGACUCAAGACCCGUUGUUGGUUCAAGAUCGCAAAGCAACCCAAAAGAAAGAUCAAGAGGGUCGGAUAAAUCUUCAAAGAAGCGGUUAUCUCUACCGAACAGCGGCAGAGGAUCUGGAGCUCAGGCUAGACCCAUCACCACGAGAGCAUCUGCUGUGAAAGCGUCAGAGACGGGUCUCCUCUAAACCGAAAGGCCCACAAAAGGAAAACCAUUGCACAGCCUGUUGGUGUGCGUGCAGCUCGCAGAAAGCAGUUCAUAUGCCCGUCCAAAGGUACUACUACUUUUAUUAUAGUGUUCUGGACUCACAGUUGCAGGUCCAGCCCCGAGGAAACCAAACCAUGGAAAGGAUAAUGAUUGUGUUGUGUGGUUCAUAGAUUCGAUUGGUUCAUCCAAGAACAUGUAUGUGGUAUGAAUGUAUUCUAUUUAUAGUAUUAAUGAUAUGUGAAUCGGUUGGUUAUA